GAAGGUUGCUACUUGAAAGAAUAAAACAUUAUACAAUGCAGAAAAAAAAGACCAACUGCGCAUCCGCCGAAAAUUUUCAAAUUUAAUUGGUCUGACAUCUUGUGAGGGGAAUGGCGUACUUCCAUUGUCCCCAUAGCCAUUGACUUGUGGAGGCGGUGGGGGUAUUCAUAUUCAUAGUUGUAAUAACUGUGUCAGCGUAGAGUAGGACAAGUGUUGGUUGAAGGUAUAUAGUGACACAGUCUGUGGUAGGACACGAGUCACACACAUUCAUACUCCACUGUGUUCGGUAGUUUUAUCAAUCUCUGUUGAGGACUAAAUCUCGGACUGAAAGGUACACUGGAAAUUAGUACGCAGACCAUAUGUUGGUUUAAUGGAAUGAAUUUCGUAGUUUUAAUGGUGCUUAUUUGUUAUAGAUCUAAACCUUGCUGAAAAUCUCAGCCCUCGUUGAUUUCAUUAUGAGUGAUGUUUAUGACAUAUACAGAGGUCACAUCGCAGGAAACAGAUUUAGUAAACUUGAUGAAUACAGGGGUGUGUCUCAACAUGGCCAGGAGAAAACAUAUCAAGAUGGACCUUGGAUAGAAGAUUACAGUGACUCUAACAGAAUGGAUGCUAAUAGUACAGAUGGUGAGAGUGAAGCUGAUGAAGAUUUGGAUGGAGAGACAUUAUUGAACAAGGCUAAAGAAAGUCUGGAAGAGCUGAGGCUGAAUGAAGCAGAGCAACAAUUUCUCAGAGCCACCACACUUCUGCAAGAAAAGGCUGAAGACAAUACCAGGGCACUUGUGGAGGCAUACUUGGGCCUAGCUGAAGUCUGCACUCGCAAGAGCAGGGCUUUCAGGCAGAGUCCAUUGGAGUGGUUCUGGCUAUGUGUCCAUGCCUCCUCUUUGUUGAGUGAAGUUGUUGAUAUGUGCAAUAUUGAGCUCCAUGAUGAGACAGACAAUCAAAGCAUUGAAUGGUACACAACACAGUGUAAGUUUGCAGAUUCUAGGUCACAGAAUCUGUUGGAUGUCUUGGGGAGGACAUUAUUUAACUGGUUUAAGGAAGAUUGGAGGCUUGUAGACCCCAAUCAUUUCUCUAACUUACUGCACUCCAGAACACCUUUAACACCAAGGUCACGCUACCCUCUCACAGGAUCAUCUCUGGUAGCCUCUGGGCUGAGACCUUACCAGUCUGGAUUCAUGAAUCAUGCAUUUAGUAUUGAAAGUCUUCAUGAACCUCUGCUGAAAGGCUAUGGCCAUGCCCCUAGUGGCAAUGUGAAUUGGUUUAAAAGAAUCCAGAACUACUGUCACUUGAGGCUGGAAAACAAGAAUGUGAAAGAAAUUAUUAAUGAAAUUACAACUUUUAAAGAAAUUGAAGACUCUUCCCAAUCCCCAUCAGAUCCAAAAAUAGAUAAAAUUUCUACAAUCUCAGAAGAAACUGAUCUAGAUCUAGCCAAAGAAGUUCUUGCUAUCAAGAAAGGUGAGGAUGAAGAAGAGGAAGUUUUCACUGAGGAAACUUAUGAUUUAGAGGCAAUCAAUGAGAAGUCUAGAACUGAUUCCAUUGUUAAGGAAUAUUCUCUGAUGUAUGAAUUGGCUUCUAGUGAUGUAGACACAAGUGGCUGGGAGUUCUUCUUAGAGAAGCGUAAAGAUUACAUUGUUCAGACAGUUCUGGAAAUCUGCUCUGAGUACAGUACUGAUGAGGCACUUCUCUCCCACCAAGAUAAAGAGACAGAAGAAGAUGAAAGUAGCCAAACUGAAACAACAAUAAUAAUUGAACCUGUGGAAGUUCAAAAAAAGAAAAAAAAGAAAGAGAAAGAAAAGUUCAGCCCAUUAAAAGAAAACUGUUUAAAACUGACCAUAGCUAAAGCUCUACAGCUUGUGGCACACAAACUCAUUCAAGCUGAGAGCUACUCAGAGGCUGAGAAUCUUUGUGAAGAAAUUCUUCAGAUUGUUGAAGAGAUCCAGGAUGGAACUGUCAAGCUGCUCCGAUUCAGUGCUCUUCUUUUACAAAGUACUGGUCUGCUUUGCUUUCGUCAGGGUAACAGGUUUAAUGGGAUGAGAAAUUUAGAAAAGGCUUUGAAAAUUUAUAGAGAUCUUCAAGAUGUUGAACAUCAUCGUGAAGUGGCUCUGGUUCUCAUUGACCUAGGAAAUGCAUAUGCAGAUGACCUUCAUGAUGAAGCUUUAUAUGACAAAGUUAUUGCUGCCAUCUGUGAGUUCUUUGAGAGGGAUGCCUCAGAUGAAGAGCAUACUGGUAAUUCAACACCAGAAAGGACCACCGAAGAGACUCCUGAAGAGAUAGAUCUAAAAAAGAGAAUCACGGAAGCUGUUUCCUGCUAUUCUGAAGCUCUCAGGGUGCUAGAAAAUAAUGAAACAUCUCAGAAGCAUGUGGUUGCUAUGGCUAUGAGAAAACUGGGAGACUGCCAUUUUGUACAAAGGCAGUACACAGAGGCUUUAGACUGGUAUGAAAAAUCCCUAAAACUUCAUCGAACAUCAGGUUUUCAUGGGAAAGAGUCAGUGUUAGAAAACGCCCAUGUUUUAACUAUGCUAGGUGUGUCCACAUUUAUGCUUCAUGUCUAUCCACGGGCAUCUCAUGUAUUUGAAUUAGCUCUUCAUAUGGUCAAGCAUGCUCAUGGCCUGAACAUGUAUACAUUCCUGCACAGUCUGGUGCUCUCUCUCCUUGGGAUCACUUACUAUAAAAUGAAGGCAUACCACAAGUGUGUCUCAAUGUGUUCAAGAGCUUUUGAAACUUUUUGGAACCUUUAUGAUGAGAAAGUUGCUGAGCUUCCACAGCAAAGGUUCUGGCUGGUCUGUCAGGAUUUGUACAUUUUAGGCAAUACUUACAAUGUUCUUAAUAUGCACCACAAGGCCAUCAAAUUUCUGGAAAUUGGAAGAGCUUUCAUGAAGGAGUCCUUGGUGGGAGAAAAACGGCAGCACAUGCGCAUCCUUCAAAUCCUAGGAGAUUGUUACUUUGCACAAUACGAUUACAAGACUGCAUUAACUUAUUACAAUGAAGCAUUGGAUAUAGGAGACAAGGUAUCUUCAUCUACUGAAAGUGAAGCCUUUGAAAGAAUGGAAUCCAGUCAAAGCAGCAACAUGACUACAUCAACUGAAAAUUUAGACAUGGCCUUACACAAUCAGUUGCUGAGUAGAUCAGCCGAUGCUCAUAUCAGCAUGAAGCAAUAUCAGAAUGCUGUACAUUAUCUAGAGCAAGCAAGAGACAUUCAGGAUGUACUAGAAGAUGAUAUCAAAGGAGAUCUAGUGAGCACACUUCACCAGCUUGGCCAGAUGCACUCAAUGGCGGGAGAUGUGGACAAAGCCAUUGAAUCCUACAAGGAAUCACUUGAGGUUUUCAGAGAAAUACACAAUGGAGAACUGGCCCCAGAAAUGUGUAUUACACUUGGCAAUUUAGCUACUAUGUGCUAUGUGAAGGCCUGUAUCUGUGAAGACAUUGAUAGUGAACUGGAGAUGAUUCUGUCAGCAGAGCAAUACUUUCAGGCAGCACUAAAGGAAGAGCUGAACCCAAGUGUUUGUGUAAAAUAUGCUAACUUUCUGUACAGUCAGGCAAACUAUGAAGAUGCUGUCAUGUAUCUAGAAGACUCCAUCAAAUCCAGGAAAGACAAUGAAGAAGAAAACAUGGACAGAACACUAUUCUUUCCUCGACCAUGGUCCUGCGAUAUAGUAUACGGAGGAUUGGAACGGGUCACCCUUCCUGAACCACUCCAGGAAGAAGUGGAUGCCCAAGAAGAAGCCAUCAUGCCAACAUCCGUCUUGGCCUAUUACAUUUUGGUGCUAUCCUACAAAAUGUUGGGCAAACUUCGCCAUGCUGAGGAUGCUCUGAUCUCCCUAAUGGGAGAGGUGUACGCCAGAGAUAUUCCUUUCUUGUAUUCAGUCCUUGGAUAUGCCUUCAUGGAGCUGGGCUUGUUCAGUGAAGCGGCUGAGGAGUUUCACAUGGCCUGGUACCUAGACAAUGAAUACAAUCUGGCUUUAGAUAACUACUGCCUAUGUCUGGCUGCAUACACCUACAAUAUCUUGGAGAGAGCUUUCGCAACAAUUUUCGUUCACUGCAAGAUAUGGAAUGAGGAUCAGAAAAUAGCCCAGAAGGUAGCAAGUCUUCAAGGCUAUUACAACUAAGGUGAUUUCAGCAACUGCCUAUAGGUUUUAUCCAAUUCAUUGCCUUCAUAAAUCAUAAGAUACAUUAUUCUUCCCAUUAAAAAUAAGCCUAAAAAAUCAAUGGCUGUGUAUUUAAAAAAAAAAAAAAAAAGGCAAAGAAAUUAAUGCUAAUUCACAUUUGAAAUUGUAAAAAUAGUUUUAGUAAUUUUAACUGUUGAUUCAGGUUAUGAUUUUAAAUGAUGAUAAACAGUUUAUAAAUAUAGGAUUACUUUUUUUUUUUAAAUCUAAAAAUGUUCAAAUCAUAUUUAAAGAAUUUAGAUUAGUUGCUUCCAUGUAUGUAUAUAUAUAAAUAUGUAAAAGCUAAAUGAAUGUUUCAAAAAGCAAGUACAAAUAAAUUUUGAGAAGAAUAAUAAAAGUAAUAUUGAAUAUAGAACUUGAAGUCAGUCUAAUAAAAUUUGAAUGACAUGUUUUGAAUCUGAUUGCAUGGCUAAUCUAUGAUACUGAAAAUGUACUGACUAGUAACUCUCUUAGAAUGAUUUUUUUUUUUGUAUUUAUUUUAUUCUUAUUUUUAAAUUUCAUUUGGACCAACUUGAUCACAUUUUUGUUAAGAUAGAAUGUUGGGCUGAUAAGAAAUUGAUAUUGACUUAUCUAAAAUAACCUUUGUAUUUGGUAGAGUUCAUAAAAAUGGGUCAAUAAUAUUUUUGUUCUCUUUCUUUUUUUUUUUCCUUUUGUUUUCAUUCUUAAAAUAUGUUUCAAAAAAGGCUUUCUGUGAUAAAUUACUUAAUUUUUAUUUUAGCAAAAUAAUCUAAAUAUUUCAAAAUCUAGUUGGUUUAAAUUUGAAACAAAAUUUUCACAAGUUAAAAGAAUUUUUAAUUUGCAUUUUUGCUAUUUAGUCUGUGACUAACUGCUGAAAUAUAUUUUUGAAAUAAUUGUUCAAACUUUGAAUCUACUUUUUUUCUCAAACUGUUGUUCAAUAAACUAUCUUUGGACUGAAUGGACUAGAUAGGUUUUGUGUAUGCUAACAUCAACGAAAUUAAUGAAUUCUUCAAAUUGUAGUGAUGGUUGUGAUGGUUGCAAAACAAAACUGUAGAUCUGAUCAUAUCAUUAAUUACAUGCAAGUAAAAAAACUGCCUUAUUAAUUCAAACUAUUCUAAUCAAAUAUUUUCUUUUCUUUUUUAUGGAGUUUUAUUUUCUUUAUGUUUUUUUGCAUUAAAAAUACAACCUUUUUUCCAAGUAUUUGCUAAAACAAAUUAUUUCCAAAAGUAAGUUGUUAAAAAAAAAAUUUGAAAUGAAAUGAUUUAGAUUCAGUAUAGGCUUAUUUUGUUGAGAAGAGUGAAUUUAUUCUAUAUGUAGCUAUUAGUUUAAGACUUUUAAAGUACAUUUUAAAAGAUAUAAGAAUUAUAAAAAAAUUUCUGCAAAACUUAUUUUCUGCAAUUUACUCUAGAAUACUUUGACUUGUUGGAUGUAAGUAUUACAUAUAAAGCAGUAUAUUUAUUUCUUUUUCUAUAUUUAUAUAAUUUUGUAAAAACCUUGUGUGUCCAUUUGUUUUAUUCUCUUCCAUUCAUUCAACUGUGUAGCCACGUCUACUUUCAAGUGUCACACUUUCCUAGCUAGUGUCCUGAUAUUGUCAAAAAUAGUGCAAUAUAUUUGAGUUGUCUUAGCUCCAUAGGUUUCUGUUUCUUUAGCAACUGACAGAAUCUAUUCGAGUUUCAGCAUUGAUCUUUCUGAAGUAUGACUUAUUGAACUAUUUUAUAAUUGUAGUUAGAAUUUUUAAAUGCAGUGAUAAUAUUGUUAUAUUUCUUUGAUUGUUAUUUGAUUAUUAAAUUUAUUGAUAGGCAAAUCCAGUCGAAUCAAAUUUAUACUAAAAAAAAUUUUUAAACAAAAAGUCUGAAUGAUAUGAAUUUAGAAGUACACUGAUAACCACAUUCCAAAUGGUCAAUUUCCUUUAAACCAACUUUUAUUAUUAGAAAGUUAUUUCCAUUUACAAAAGCAAUCUCAAUCUUUGGUCUUCACAUAUAAAUAAAUACAUUUGUGUAUAAUCUCUACAUGCUUCUAACCAUGCACAAACCCUUUUAUUUUAUAUGACUUUACUGAGGGCCGGAUUUAGGGGGAGGCUAUAGCCCUGGGGCCUCCACAAAACAGAUUUUAAAAGGUCUUACUCUCCACAAACUCAAAAACAUGUAAGAUAUAAUUAUUUUUUUUUACAAAAAUUGCAUACUAAAUAAUUGUAACUUUUUUUAAAGUAGUAAAAUUAGAUAAAAUUAACAAGUACUCAAUUUCUUUAUUCUAGAAUAUGGCUUGCUAUUAGCUAUCAGUAUGUUUAUUGAUAAGUGUUAAAAAGUGGAUUUUUACUUAUAGCUAUAAUUACAUUUAUUGGGGGCCUCCACACACUUAAAUCUGGCCCUGACUUUCAUAGUAGAGAUUUAAUUUGAAUAGUUUAUUCUGCAAAAUGUAAUCCAAUUCCUUUUCAUACCUCACUGCAUUGUGUACAUUGAACUGGCUUGAUGUUCUAAAGCUCAUGUUUAUCAGUCAAUAAAUAACUUUGAAAGAAUAAACA